UUUGUGCUCUGCUGAGUUUUGGCCAUGAGAGUGAGACAGUCAGUCUAGACGCUCUUGACAGCCUCGUCUGGAGGAGAGACACUUCCCUCUGCGGCUCGGUCCCCAUCACGACGACACAUUUACAAACUUUCUCCUAAGAAGAAACUCCAGAACUCCUGAGAAAGGAUGGCACCCAUGGCACAUUGGAUAGGAUGGUGCCUAUGGGCAUCUGUGUCACUCACAUGCCAAGCUUGAAAAGUGGAAAGAAAGACAGUUUUAGCAGACACAUUGAACACUUCCAAGCUUUAGAGUGAAACUUUGCACAGUUGGCCAUGGCUGCAUAUCCAUGGCUUGGAGGAUAGGGUCCCUUGUUUUAACAUAGCACUGUGAGUUUUCUAACGGGUCAUUUAGCAAAUCCAGCACUUCCUCUGGCCAGGAGGACUUUAAAGAACAACUGCCACACAUGAGCUGAACCAGAGGAUCCAAAAUGGAGGUCACACAGCAACACUCUUUCUACUGGACUGGUUAAAGCUGCAGAUAAAAGCAUUACUGCAAGGGCAGUAUGCAGGCAGCUGACUACCCAGCCACAUAUAAUAACACAGAAACAGAUCCUAAGUCAGGGAUAGGCAACAUCGGUCCUGAAGCGCCGCUGUCUUGCAGAGUUUAGCUAAUCAAUGUCUUCAGGAUUACUAAGGCUACAGGCAGAGUGCAAGUUCCACUGCACCAAUGGCAGAUGUCUGAAACUUCUCUCGCUGAUUUGUAAUCAUCUGAAUGAAUGUGGAGACAACAGUGAUGAGGAACAUUGUCCUGCUGCUGUACCUCCACCCCCAGACACCAUCCAGACUGAACUGGAGUUUGUUCAGAUAAUAAUCAUAAUUGUGGUGAUGACUGUAAUGGUAGUUGUGAUCAUCUGUUUGCUGAACCACUAUCGGCUGUCGGCCUGGGCCUUCCUCACACGCCACAGCCAGGCCAGAAGACGAGAGCAGGGCAUGCAGCCGGACGGCUGUGCAUGGCCAACAGACAGUUUGGUGACGCAACAAGGAGCCACUGAGGUGAUGUAUGGGCCACGGAGCGGAGAGCGCUUCAACCCACCUUCAUUUAUGCAAAGGGACCGAUUCAGCCGCUUCCAGCCCACCUACCCAUACCUGCAGCAGGACAUCCACUUGCCGCCCACCAUCUGCCUGUCGGAUGGCGAGGAGCUGCCGCCCUACAAGGGCCCCUGCACCCUGCAGCUCAGAGACCCGGAGCAGCAGCUCGAGCUCAGCCGCGCAUCCGUUCGCGCGCCCCCCAACCGGACCAUUUUCGACAGCGACCUGAUAGACGUUUAUGUGCACGGAGGCGGGCCACGGCCCCCGAGCAGCAACUCUGGCAAGAGCGCCUCGAACUCGCACGUGGAGGGGCCGCCGCCCACCUACAGCGAGGUGAUGGGUCAGACGUGCCCAGGCUCCGCCUCCUUUCUGCACCAGCACAGCAAUAAUGCACCACCCUCCAACCAGAGGACAGCCAGUCGCUCCCCCCAGCCUGGCGCAAGCACAACCCCGUUUGUCAAGGUUAAGGAUAGCCGAGACAAACCCGUGUGACUAGGAGGCACGGAGAGUGCCCUAGGGAGCGCGCGCCAUCAUCUGUGCUCUCUGGUACUUCUUCCUGGACCUAAAGGGGAGUGGCUUCACUGUUAGACCACUCCCCUUGCACAAUUUGAAUUGAAUAUUGAGGAACCAAGCUUACAAAGUUUAUUUUUUUGUAUUUUUUUUUUUUUUUGCUAGAACUUCGGGGCCUUGUAUGGAUGUUUGGGCUCCUCGGCUAAAUCUCUCUCUCUUUUUUGUUGUUCUGUUUUGUAUGCUUUCGUGUAUUUAAAGAACACGCGUGUUGGCACAGAUUGUUUGCGUGAGAGACCGCGUAGGUCAUAGGAUUGAGAAAUUUUCUAUUCGUUUGUGUGCAUUUCCAGGACUUCAAUCAAAAUCCAAAUUGAGUGCCAUGAUAAAAUCUUAAACCUUGGGGAUGUGACUUACAACAACAACAACAACAACUAAAGUCUUUAUGUUGCACUUAUUCUCUAAAGAGUAGAAACAGCAACCCUUAGUUAGUUUUUAUAUGUCAAUCUGUCACAGGUUCCUGGGAAUUAUUUCCUUCCUUUUUAUGUCCUGAAAUGGAGAUGUAGAACUCUGAUCCAGCCUAAAAUCUCUACAAAUGAACUGCAUCAUGGCACUUAUUUAAAGAAAAAGGGUUGUUCAAAUUCCAGUUCACUUUUUCCCACUGACCAAGUGAGAGAUGUUGGCAUGGAUAUCCGCAGAUGGAAGUCACGACACAUAUGCCACUUUCAUUCUGUCGAGUAGCACUUUAAACUUACGUCACUUCAGCAUUGUCAUGGGGUCCAAUGGAAGGGAAUCAUGGGAACUGUAGUCUUAUGCACAUCCUGUCCCUUUCUGAAUGAGUGUGUCAUAUUGUUUGUUUUCCCACUAUAAAAAGCAUGCGUAUAGUUGUUUUUUCCCCCAGUUAUCCAUACUAUACUUUAGUUCACAAUCAUAUAUGGAUCUCAUAUUUUAUCCCUUAUUUUCAUCUCCUGGAAUGCCGUUUUAUUCCAAGGCACCGCGGGAGCACAUUUUGUCUGUUUAUAUGUUCUGAGAUUGUCACCCAAACAAAAAGUGUACCAAUCACGACGAGGUACAUCCCUCCUUUUUUUCUUUCCUUGUUAGAAGUUGCGUUCAAUCAUCACACGGCACACAUUUGGAAUGCUUUCAGACAUGUUGAUUGUGUUUUUGAUCACAUCAGAACUUUGUAAACCAUCAGUCUUUGGCCUUUCCUUAAAAAAAAAAAAGUACCAUAGAUAACCUAUUUAUUAACUAGCUAUUUAUUAAAGUGACCAGUUUGAACUGAUAUUUAGUCAAAGUCAAAAAUAGGCUUUUAUACAACCUUCUUGCCCCUUAAAUAGCAAGAAUCUACUAUCAUCACCCAUCCGCUUUGGCUCCGAAACGGCCUCCUCCUGUCAUAGGCUCUGCUUCUGUCACUCAUUCUGUUUGAGUUCGUACUGUAUUGCUGCUGCUAUGCGCUGCUACUGCUACUGCUGCUGUUGUUCGCUCGGUGUGUAGGCCUAUGUCCGCUUUUCAUUACUUUAUAUUUGCUUACCAACCGAGACAUAGUUGUUUGUGCUCCUUUUUUGUUGUUUUCUUCGUUAACAUUAGUGCAUUUCCGCUGUCAUAGUCGUGCUAGGAAAACAAAUCCAAAUGUAUUUUUUACAUUUGCAGCCGAGAGGUUUGCAUGUUACUAUGUACAUGAGCAAAUUCGGUGCCUAACAGUCAUGUUUAAGCAGACAUAGAAACCCACUUGCACUCAAAAGUCCCCACCUUUGUUGUGCCUCACUUCCUAUGGUGCUUCUUUCAGUAGUCGGACUCUGUUUAUUUGUACGGUGCUGUAUAUAACUUGAAUAUAUUAUGCACAUAUCCUACCCAAUGGGUAGAAAACCACAAGAAAGCAUUGUUAAUACUGUAAUAUAAUGUAUAGAUAAUAUUAAAAAGAAAACUUUAACACGGUGGCAUCAAGUUUUGUGAAUGCCUUCAAUUGUGCUUUGUCUUUUUUGUAAAACAGAGUAAAGUUUGCAAAGAGAAAUGCUACAGUGUGGUCACAUAAAUAAAUACAAAAAGACUUCUUAUAUAUUUUUUUUUUCCUAUACAGUAAAUGCAAAUCUGUUAUGUGAUUCAAAUAUUCUGGGGCAGUUAUAUAAAGGAUAACUAGCUGCUGCUUUUGUAACUUCCAGAGAAAGAAUUAUAAAUGCCAGCGCUUGUCAUUUUUAUUUAUUGAAAUUUAUAUUUUGUGACUGCUAUAGCUGUUUUGGGCGUGUAUUAACCACGCUCGACCGAUCGCAGAAAAUAAUAACUCGGCAUGACGUAAUUGUACCGUAGAUUCAUCGACUGACUGCCGACUUUUGGGCUCCCACGAGGCCUUUUCUCCAGCCCGAGAGAUGGUUUCGUGGGUCAUAUCAAAUAGAAGCUCAGGGUGAGGCUUUAUUGGAUCGGUGAUACAAGGGUUAACAAUUUGUUCUUUUUUUAAAUGCACAUAAUCGAGUUGGAGUUGUGUGGUAACGUUAUAUGAAAAAAGCAUCAAAUCAAUGCAUACAUGAGAAUCCAGCCCAUAGCUGAUUGUUACUGCAUGUUCAUGUUGUCAUUUUCCUCGGCAUUAGCAGUCUCGUUCCGCACCGAAAGGAUCCAGAACACUCGGUAAUUAUUCCCUGAACCCGCUUGAAUGAACGAAUAAACGAGUGAACGACUGACUGACGACUUCUAUGGAUCUGGAACUCCGACGAAUCAAUCCACAGCACUGUUCAUCAUUGGCCUCGAGCGAGAUCACAGGACUAUGAAAUUUUGGACUACAAUCUUUUUUUCUUUUUCUUUUUUUUUAACAACCACAACAAAAAAAACAGUUCAGUGAGCGAGGAACACUUACGCCUUUUUAUUUUUUAUUGUUCUAUUUAAUUGUGAUGUCAGCGGUUUUUCAGUUUGAGGUCUGGUAAUUGCAAUACUUUUACAGGAAAAAAGGUGACAAAUGAUUAAAAAAAAUUAUAAAAAAUAAACACGGGGGGAAAAACAAAACAAUGAAACUAUUGCUCAAAGAUACUGUUGUAGUCCCUCAUGAAACGAUUCCACGCUUGUUCUUUCGUUGUCAUCAAAUGGCUAGAGAGAGCAAUUAAAGUUGAGGAAAAUAACCAGAA